CAUUACGAGACUCAUUUAUAAACUUGACUGAAAAAAUGAAUGAGCAGGGUUGAACAGGUAAAUUCACACAAACUCCAUCUAAUUCAUUUGGUUGGAGCAAAGUAAGCACAGGACACAGCCAAAAGGAGGAAACUUCUCUUAGGAACAUCAUGUUAUUGCAGAGUUGGGGCUACCCAUCUGCUGCUUCUUUAAGUUUCUCCAGCAAACAAAAUACUUCAAUUUACAACAAUCCAACAACGAAAAUCCUAAUAUUUCCCUGUCUUGGAAAACAUGGUAGAUGUUUUUCUUCCUCUUCUUUGACCUAUAAACAUUUUCCUAAGUUGCUGUGUCUUCAUGGGUUUGGAAUAGAAGACAUUACUGAUGUCAUCCAUAACAAGGUUUUGGUUGCAGCAGCUGUAUCCGCAGCGGUUGGUCAGUUAAUGAAGCCUUUUACUUCAUCUUUAUUUUAUGGCAAUGAGUUCAAUUUCAAGACUGCCUUUCAGGCUGGGGGUUUCCCUUCCACACACUCAUCUGCAGUAGUCGCCACAGCCACCGCCCUUGGCUUGGAAAGGGGGGUUUCUGAUUCGAUUUUUGGUUUAGCAGUGGUUUACGCUGCCCUUGUGAUGUAUGAUGCACAGGGAGUUCGAAGGGAAGUAGGCAUUCAUGCAAAAGCGUUCAAUAAAGCUUUGUUCAGAAAUCAAAUAAACUCAGUUCCAUCUACUAACGAACUUAAUGUUUUGACGGAUUCUAUACAAGAGAAAUUAUCCUCAGGCACAGAGAAAUCUGAUCCUCGAUUAUCAGAGGAAUCAAGUCCAUUUCAACCAAGGUCGAAGAAUGCUACUUUAUUGCUUAAACCCGAUGAGAGAAGAAUCUCAUCGUCUAGUUUUGCUCCAUUGAAAGAACAGGUUGGUCAUACAGAGGUUGAAGUCAUAGCUGGUGCAUUGCUCGGAUUCUUUGUAAGCUUAGCGGUAAGUUUAGCGUGACCCCUCAGUCCUUAUUGUUUACUUUGCGUUAGUUUUUGGCCUAUGAGAUACCACAGAAAAGCUGUAUACAACAUAUUUACAAAGCAAAAUGCAACUAAAAUCCUUCUAUAAAUUGAAAUAUCAAGAAAAUUUUCACUA